CCCUAAAAACAAAAUGGCAACUUAGUCAGCCACCUCGGUAGCUUACUAGCCAACAAUAAACUGAUGCAUUGAAACUCCUUUGACAAUGUGUAUAUUAAUCUGUGUUUUUAACACAAUUUAAACGUAAUAUGCUUGUUAAAUGUACUACAUUGUUAAGAUUGAUACUGAGCCUAGCACUAGGCUAGUCACUAAUGCUAGCUAGCUAACAUCCCUGACCAUGAGCUCGCUAAACUCCCCCUCUACUAAAGAAGCGGAGGUCUGCUGGACGGAGAAAGAAGCUCUGGGGCUGAACAUUAUCGUGGAAGAAGAAGAAGAGGAGGAUGUUACAGUGAAAGAAGAGAAAGAACCGUUUGGAAUGAAAGAGGAAGAGGGAAUAGAGUAUGUAACAGUGGAAGAGGAGGAGGUAGAAACUUUCAGAAUUAAAGAGGAGGAAGUUACAGUGAAAGAAGAGAAAGAACCGUUUGGAGUGGAAGAGGGGGUAGAGGCUGUCACAGUGGAAGAGGAGGAGAUAGAAGCUUUCAAAAUGGAAGAGGAGGAUAUCAUAUUGAAAGAGGAGGCUGUUACAUUGGAAGAAGAGAAAAAACCGUUUGGAGUGGAAGAGGGGGUAGAGGCUGUCACAGUGGAAGAGGAGGAGAUUGAAGCUUUCAAAAUGGAAGAGGAGGCUCCCUCAAUAAAAAAGGAGGACAUUUUGGGAGUGAAAGAAAAGGAAGAAAUUGGGGAGGAGACUGAAGACCUGAUUAACACCAGAGAGAGACCAGACUCUCCCUCUGACAAGAGUCCUUCAGGGGAAACAGACCCAGGGAAGAGGCCUUCAGGGGAACCAGACCCAGGGAGGAGACCUUCAAGGGAACCAGACUUGGGGAAGAGUCCUUCAGGGGAACCAGACUUAGGGAAGAGUCCUUCAGGGGAACCAGACUUAGGGAAGAGUCCUUCAGGCGAACCAGACUUAGGGAAGAGUCCUUCAGGGGAACCAGACCUAGAGACUGCCAAACCAGCAGGACGACACUGCUGCUCCCACUGUGGAAGGAAAUUUACCAAGUUACACAACCUAAAAGAGCACGAGAGGACACACACAGGAGAAAAGCCUUUCCAAUGUUCCCAGUGUGGAAAGAGUUUUAGCCGGUUAGACAGCCUGAAAAUGCAUGAAAGAAUUCACUCUGGAGAGAAGCCUUACCAAUGCUCCUAUUGUGUAAUGAGUUUUUCACGAUCACAGGCCCUCAAAAGGCAUGAGAGGACACACACAGGAGAAAAGCCUUUUCAAUGCUCCCAGUGUGGAAAUAGUUUUACCCUGUUGGCACACCUGAAAUCACAUGAGAGGACGCACACAGGAGAAAAGCCUUUCCAAUGUUCCCAGUGUGGAAAGAGUUUUACCCGGUUAAGGACCCUAAUUAGGCACCAAGGAAUACACAACGAAGGAAGGAAGACCUUCCAUUGCUCUCAGUGUGGAAAGAGUUUUACUGAGUUAUGGGGUGUGAAAAUACACGAGAGAAUUCACUCUACACACAGAGGAGAAAGGCCUUUCCAAUGCUCCCAAUGUGGAAAGCGUUUUACCCAGUUAGGGAACCUGAAUUUACAUAAGAUAAUUCACUCUGGAGAUAAGCCUUACCACUGCUCUCAGUGUGGAAAGAGCUUUAUUCGGUCAUGCCAUCUCAAAGAGCAUGAGAAAACACACACAGGGGAAAAGUCCUUCCAAUGUUCCCAGUGUGGGAAGAGUUUUGCCCGGUUAUGGAACCUAAAAGAGCAUGAGAGGAUACACACAGGAGAGAAGCCCUACCACUGCUCUCAUUGUGGAAAGACCUUUUCCCGAUUAAGGGAACUGAAAUCCCAUUACAUUUCACACACUCUUAUCCAGGGAGAAUAACAAUUGUUGAAUUCACCUUAAGGUAGCUAGGUGAGACAACCACACAUCACAGACAUAGUAAGUACGUUUUCCCUUCAUUAAAUAGUUCUCAGUGAAGUCAGUGCUAGUAGGAAAAGACAAGUUCAGGUCAGAUUUAUUGAAAAUACUCUUUGAAGAGGUAGGGUCAUCGUAGUUUUCAAGGUUCGUUGUACAUGAGAGAAUAAAGAAGCUGUGUUCUGUC